UAUGGAGGCCUUACAAAUUGAAAUGGAUCCAUUAAUUGAGAACCAAGCCAAACAAAAUCUAAAAUUAGUAAGGCCUGAUUAAGAGUGGUUUGUAUACUAUGGGAAGUUAUACUUAUUUUAUGUGGACGCAUAUAAAUCACUUGAAACAUGUUAUGAUUAAUUGUUACAUCCAUAAAAAAGACGAUUAUUAAAGAAGAUGCUCGAAAAUACAAUGUUAAGAUAAAUUUAAAUCAAGCAGGUACAUUAAUGAUUUUAAAAUAUAUAGGCCAUGAUUUUCUAUUCAACAUAAGGAAAUGUUAUAAGAUCAGAUUUUGUAAAUUUGCAUUAAGUAAUUUUUGAUGAAAAGAGACUUAUAGAAGAUACUGAAGUUUCUUUACCUCAUUAUUUUUCAGAUGAAUAAAAUAGAAAACUUGCUUAUCGUAAAUAAAUGCUUAAUCAUUUUUUAAAUGAAUUUCAUGAUACCACUUAACCAGAAGAAGAAGUAUUAGUAGAUAAAGCAGUUUUGGAAAAUAUUGAAUAAGCUAUAUGGUUUAUUUAAAAAAAUGAAAGAGGGAGAUAAGGUAUUGAGAGAGUGUUAUUGGCAAAGUAAUUGAAGAAAUAAGAAUUAAAGAAAUAAGAGAAAUAAAAGAAAUUAUAAGAAGGAUUAGAAGUACAUGAUUCUACAGAAAGAGAAGAAGCUAUAACUGUGAUUUAAAAAUAUUAUAGAGGAUUUAAAGCCAGAGAAAUUGUUUGGGAUUUAAGAGAAUAGGAAUCACUAUUUUUAGGAUUUACAUUAGAGAAACCAUUAUAAGAAACAGAUGCUUAUAAGACAUAUCAUAUAUAGAGAGAGAAGAUGAAAGAAAAAUAAUAGGAAAGAUUAUAAGAAUAUAAGACAGCUUUAGUUGAAGCAAGAGAUAAUUUAAUGAAUGAUUGGUAAGAUGAUAUUUAAAAUUAAAUGUUGGCUGAAAGAAGAAGAUGGUAUAUGAGUGAAGUUUAAAAAGCAGAAGGUAAAUUAGUACCACCUAAAGUUGCUUAAUUUUAUAAAAAAGAUUAAGUGAGAUUACCAUUAACUGAAGAAGAAUAAGAGAUGAUGGAUUUAUUAGAUAAGGAAAAGAAAGCAGCUAAAAAGAAUAAAGGAAAAAAGAAGAAGAAGAAGAAGCAAGAAGAUGAAGAUAUAAGAGUAGAAUAAGGACCUACUGAAGCUAUUGUAAAGAUGCAAGAUUUAAUAGAAAAACAUAAUUAAGAAUGGAGAAAUGAUCAACUUAAUCCUUAUUAAAAACAUGAAAAUUCUUUAUUAAAAGGAGAAAUUGCAAAAGGAGUAGAAAAAUAAAUAAGAGAAGUAGUUGAUGAAAUGAUUGAUAUGGAAUUAAUCAAUUUAAGAAUAGCAUUAAAAGCAAAGAAAAUGAAAUAUCCUAAAAAAAAGAAAUCUAAAAAAAAGAAAGCUAAAGUAGUUGAAAAAGCAGAAGAAGAUGAUCUAUUAGAAGAAGGAGAUAUUAAUUUUGGUUUUAGAAGUGUAGCAAAAAAGAAGAAAAAGAAAUUUCCAGGUGAUAAAGGAACUGCAAAAAAAGAUCCUAGAGAUAUGUUAGCUGAAUUGAUUGAAUCAGGUAUAGCUAAGAAAUUAGAACCAGCUAAAAUUUCAGAUUUAAUAGGAAAUUGUAAUCCAUUAAGAUAAAAAUAAGAAAUGUUAUAAGAAUAAGUAGCUGAUCCAUCUAUUUAUGAUUUAAGAUAAGUUUUAGUUUAAUUUAUUGGAAUGCCAUUAGGAUCUUCAUAUAUUAAAGAUAAUGUUAAAGAAAGUAAUUAUGUAUUAUUUUAUGGACCACAUGGUUCAGGUAAAACACAUGCAGUUAGAGCAUUAUAAACUGAAUGUGAUGCUUUAAUUUUAGAUUUAUCACCUGCUAAUAUUGAAAAUAAAUAUUAAGAUAAACCUGAUUAUUUAUUAUCAUUAGCAUUUAAAACUGCUGCUUGUUUCUAACCUGCUAUUAUAUAUAUUGAUGAAAUUGAACGUAUUUUUAAAGGAAAGAAAAAGAAGAAGAAAGGUGAUUAAUAACCAUCAUCUGCAGGAGGAAUGAAUUGGGUUAAAUUAAGAAAAUAUUUAUUGAAAUAUGGAAAAUAUUUUACUGAAAAAUAGAAAGAAAAUGUUACUAUUAUUGGUUGUAGUUAUGCUCCUUGGAAUGCAAAUAAAAAAUAAUUAAAAUCAUUUUUUAAAAGAAGAGUUUAUUUCCCUUGUCCAAAUUAUGCUACAAGAAUAAUGAUAUUUUAGAAAUUUUUUGAAGAAAGAAAGAUUUAAUUACAUCCCAAUUUCCCUAUAAGUUCAUUGGCUCAUGCUACUGAAGGAUUUACUGCAGGAAAUGUAUUAUAUAUAUUAAAUAAAUAUUUUAGAUAAAAGAAGCACUAAGAAAGAUAUUGACAGAGAGAAGAUUAAUAUUAUCUACUGAAAUACCAUAUAGAAUAAGUGAAUUUGUUGAUCCUUUAGCAGUUCAAUAAUCUACAUUUUUAUAAUAAUAUUAAGAAUUUCGUAAAUUACAUGAUGAUUUAUCUGGAAAUAAAGCAAGAAUUGAUAAACUUAAGAAACCAGCUGAAGAUGAAAAAGGAAAGAAGAAACCUGGUAAAAAAAAGAAAUGA